GGCGCCAAAUACAAACCCGUGGCACGCCGUGUGAAGCCAGUCUCCGCCAUCCUCCCGGAACAAUUUCGCAUCGUCCGGCGACACGCUCUCGACAUCUUGGCGACUAUGCAACCUCUGCCGACCCACCCGCCUCCUUUUGAACCUGGCGAGCGCUACACCCAGGAGCGAUACGAAGCUCAGCAGCUCAACUCCGACGGUUUCCUCUGGCCAGAGGAAGAGCGUCUCGCACACUGGGUCCUGCGCGCGAACGAAGAAGCCAUGGCUUGGGACGAAUCGGAGAAAGGGCGGUUCUCUGCGGACUACUUUGACCCGAUCCUGAUCCCAACCGUCGAGCACAUCCCAUGGGUUUUCAAGAACAUCCCUAUCGCCCCCGGCAUUCGGCAGCAAGUCGUUGACAUUCUUAAAUCCAAGAUUGCGUCUGGGACUUACGAGCCGUCAAACUCGUCUUACCGCUCUCGCUGGUUCUGCGUGCCGAAAAAGGAUGGCAAGACACUCCGUCUC